AUCAUCCCAUCGCCAUCCGAUACAGCGAUACAUUCCUGCCAUCAAAGACGCGUACCUGACGCGUGUCUGUGUGUGUGCCGUUCGCAGCCCUGCUUCAGCGAGCAAAAGAAGAAGACCAGUAACCUGGAAGCCUAUGUGAAAUGGUUCAACAGACUCUGCUACCUGGUCGCCACGGAGAUCUGCAUGCCGGCGAAGAAGAAGCAGCGAGCGCUGGUGAUCGAGUUCUUCAUCGACGUGGCCCGAGAGUGUUUCAACAUUGGCAACUUCAACUCCCUCAUGGCCAUCAUCUCCGGCAUGAACAUGAGCCCCGUAUCUCGGCUGAAGAAGACCUGGGGAAAGGUGAAGACUGCCAAGUUCUUCAUCCUGGAGCACCAAAUGGACCCGACCGGAAACUUCUACAACUACAGAACGGCUUUGAAGGGUGCGGCGCACCGGUCACAGACAGCUCACAGCAACAGGGAGAAGAUAGUCAUCCCAUUCUUCAGCCUGCUCAUCAAAGACAUCUACUUCCUCAAUGAAGGGUGUGCCAACCGCCUUCCCAACGGGCAUGUCAACUUCGAGAAAUUCGUGGAGCUGGCGAGGCAGGUGGGGGAAUUCAUGACCUGGAAGCAGGUGGAGUGCCCAUUUGAGCAGGACCGGCACAUUCUGCACUACCUUCACACCGCGCCCAUCUUCAAUGAGGAUGGGCUGUACCUGGCAUCCUACGAGAGCGAGAGCCCAGAAAACCAAGUAGAGAAAGACAGGUGGAAAUCUCUCAGAUCCACCAUCCUGGGGAAGACAUGAGGAGGGGCGGACAAGUCAGCACAAGAAGGGGACACGUUCAUUGCACUAAAAAGAGACUCUGAAGGAACCAAGCUGGAACUUAGGUGUUUUUAUUACAACCGAAGAAAUCAAGAAUGAUGACAGGACUCAUCAGGAAAAAAUAAAUCAAGAAAGAUAAACAUUGUACAGAAUUGCGAACACAGAGAGGACUUAAGCAAAUUGCCCUUGCAAAGUAUUAGAAUAUAUUUUUUCUUUAUUUUGCCCUGAGCAUCAGGAGCCAACUUGUGUAUAUAUUUAUACAUUCAGAGUCAGGGUGUAUGAGGUGAACGUGUAGAGGAAUGAGUGCGUAUUGAUAUCUGUGCGAGUGACCGAUCUGUACGUCGUCUUUUCCUCCAGUGUAGUUUUUCUUUAACGAGGUUCCGAUAUGAAGUACAAGCAGAAGGAUGUACAGCCCUCCUGUUUUAUAUAAAUUAUUGAUAUUUUUCUCUGCCCAACAGCCUUGUGUGACUUCAGUGUUGUAACAUUGUCAUGAGCGUAGGGUCAUGUCUGUCCCAGAAGGCCCAAGGGACUGUUUGGUCCCAUUUUGUUUACUGCGAUCUGAGACGUGUGGCAUCCUUCGGAAGUAGAGGCCGUUCACGGUUUAGCUGGAAAGUUCACCGUUGCUAUUUUUCUCUCCGGCAAACACUGCCUUCAUUGGGGCAGGCAGAUAAGCUAAGCGACUCCUUUGACUCGUGCCCCAUGGCGGCAACUCUCUGCCAGUGGUUCCAGCAAACUAUGGAUGCUGAUGACCGAACAGCUAUGGAGCAUUCACCUACAAUCGACACGCCGUGGAAACACCCCCUUCGUCAACCUCUGCCAGCUUUCAUUUUGCAGUCGAUUCGACGAUAUCGAACCCCCAGUCAGGUCGACGGGCCUGGCUGACCAUUGGGCGACGAGGAGGGAACUUCCCACUUCUGGUUUGCAGGACAUUCAUCACUGACUGAUAUUCAGUUGUUAAACGUUCGUUUGAAAAUUCUGUAAUGACAGAUUUGUGUUGUUGUUUUUUUAUUAUUAUUAUUAUUAUUCUGCUAAAAGGUCAAUUCCUCAUGGCAUGUUUAAACAGCAUUUUUUUUAAAAAAAAAAAAGGGCAUUAUGCUUUUCAUGUCGUAACACUGAAGGCAUUAUUUUCUCAAACACAAAACUGUGUCAUACCACAGCAGUGUACUUAUUCUUUUUUCUUUGUAAUGUAAAUGUGAAUAACGUGGUACGUUUGGGACACUUUUUGGCGUGAGGUUUAUAAUGGGAACAAACGGAAAACGAUACUCUUUUAGGUCCUUACUUAAAACAGAGGGAUUUUUUACACACAGAAUCUGUUGUUUUUUGCUGGAAACAAAAUAACAGUCGUGUCCUUCUCGCUUAAUCUCUUGUUGUUAAUGACAAUGAUGUUGUAUAAAGUGGUUGCAGAGUUUUGAUUUGCUGUCUCAUGGCAAUGGGGGUGGGAAUCUGGGAGAGGGAUGUCAUGUGACAUGGGUACUUUCUAUGAUAAUUUAAUUUCUGAAGUCUUAUUCUGCUUAAAAUGGUUGUGUGAGUGGUGUGCUUGUGGGACACCUUACUGUGCAAAGUUCCGCUCCAUUCUGUUUGGUCGAUAUCACUUUUGCUUUUCAAUGAAUAUGGUUAUUUUUGGUACAUUUGACUUUUACUCUCUGAUGUCAUUUCGUGGAAUAAUCUUCCUAUAGUCUGGUUGGCUAGCACAGAAUCUUCUCCCUUCUCAUUGGCUGUCAUCUCUUAGGACAGAUAUGUCUCCAGAGGGCAUUCUGUCUUAUCGACACAUUGCUGCAGGACCUGACAGGAAGCCACCCCCAAAAACAUUUUAGUUUCCACUUGUGUCCACUUGUCAGAUCCCGGUCUCUGCUUCCACUAUAACAAUAUAGUUGUCUUGUUAAUACAGCAAGAGCCCUGUUAUCAGAUGUUACACACGCAUUAUGAGCCAUCAAAAAUGGUACGUUGAGAUUGUACUCAGAGGCUACGAAGACAGCACAGUAGAUCUUCACACAUGUCGUACUUGGCUGAGAUUUCAUGGGAGACUCCCUUCUGCUAGCGGGCAGGGGUGAUGGUGGGUUUAUAUGUCUUUAUUUGGGUACCAUACAAUGUAUUUAAAAAAUAAACAUAAAUAAAAACAAUGGUGUCUGUGA